AUGCAACCCGGCCGGGCCCCGCCGGCCGUCGGCGUGGCGGCGGAGAGCUGCAUCCCGGCCGGCCUGCGCCUGGGUCCGCUGCCGGGCGCCUGCAAACUGGGCAAGUACCUGUCCGAUCGCAGGGAGCCGGGACCCAAGAAAAAGGUCCGGAUGGUGAGAGGGGAGCUGCUCGACGAAGCCGGGAGCCCUGCCGGGGAGUGGCUGGGGUUGGUCCGGGCGGCCAGGCACGCCCAAGAACAGACCCUGGAAGCCGUCGCCGACCUACCGGGCGGACAGGUCUUCUACCGGACGCUGCGGGACGUGCAGCCGGGGGAGGAGCUGACGGUGUGGUACUCCAACGCCCUGGCCCAGUGGCUCGACAUCCCCACGACGGCGACGCCGACCCACGACGAGAAAGGCGAGGAGCGCUACAUCUGCUGGUACUGCUGGCGGACCUUCAAGUACCCCAACAGCCUGAAGGGCCACGUCCACUUCCACUGCGCGCUCAACCACGGCCGCUGCUUCCUGGGGGCCGAGCCCGUCCGCCCCUCCGAGCUGUUCAGCGCCUCCCCCAGGCCGGCCCCCUUCCGCCCCCCCUGCCCCGGAGGGGCCCGGGACAGCAUCAAGCGGGAGUCGGCCGGCUCGCCCCCCCCGGCCCGGGCGGGCGGAGCCGGGCGCAAGGCGGCCAAGGAGGAGCCGGAGCGCGCCCUGGACAUGAGCGUCCCGUCGGGGCGGGGGCUGCCGGCCUUCUACCCCGGGGCCAAGUCGGCCUUCAAGCCCGCCGUCCUGGAGGGCAAGGGGGGCGGCGGCUUCAGCAAGCUCCUGGGCGGCCUCAAGCCCGGCCGCCCGGGCGGCCAAGCCCCGCUGGGCGCCGCCUGCAGCCCCCAGCCCCCGACGGCGCCCCACCAUCCCCAUCCCCCCCACCCGCAGCCCCCCAAAUGCGGAGGCCCCGCGGCCGCCGUCGGGGGGCUGGCCUACCCGGGCGGCCUGCGGGGCUUCCCGCUGCUCUCGCACGUCGAGGAGACGUCGGCCUUCAAGCACGUGGAGCGGGGCCUGCCCGCCGGCCUCUCGCCGCCCGCCGGCCGCUACCCGCCGCUGCCCCUGGAGCGCUUCGCCGCCCUGCCGCCGCCCUUCGACGGCCUGAAGCCCUACGCCGCCCCGGGCGAGGGCCCCCUGCCGCCCUUCCUGCCCUUCACCCUCUACAACGGCGAGCUGCUCUACAGCGCCCCCUACUACCCGCUCAAGCUCCACUUCGGCGGCCUCCUCAAGUACCCCGAGGCGGUGUCGUACUUCCACGGGGCGGCCGCCGCCCUCCACCCGGCCGAGCUGGGCUCGCUGGCCGGCCUCGACCGCGAGCUCGCCCUGCACACCCAGCAGCUGGCCGAGCUGGCGGCCGACAAGGGCCGCGCCCGCCUGGAGGGCCUGCCGCCCCCGCCGCCCCCCCCGACGGCCGGCCCGCCCCACGGCAAGCCCAAGAGCGGCCACCUGUGCCUCUACUGCGGCAAGCUCUACUCGCGCAAGUACGGCCUCAAGAUCCACAUGCGGACUCACACCGGCUACAAGCCGCUCAAGUGCAAGGUGUGCCUGCGCCCCUUCGGGGACCCCAGCAACCUCAACAAGCACAUCCGCCUCCACGCCGAGGGCAACACCCCCUACCGCUGCGAGUUCUGCGGCAAGGUGCUGGUCCGCCGCCGCGACCUGGAGCGCCACGUCAAGUCCCGCCACCCCGGGCACAGCCUGCCCAAGGGCGAGGAGGGCGGCGGCGGCGGCGGCCAGGGGGGCCCCGACGCCGCCGCCGCCGCCCGCCCGCCCGCCCCGGAGCCAAAGACUGACAACGAGAGCGACGUGGACGUCUGCUUCACCGACGAGCAGAGCGACCAGGACACGGGCGGGGGCAGCAGCGGCAGCAGCAGCAGCGGCGGCGGAGGCGCCAAGGAGCAGCAGUGA